AGCGAGCGUGCAGCCCCAUCCACGGGCCGGCCGGACUCACUGACGCAAGCAUCAUCCUCGCCGCCACCAAUCUUUCCCGAAUUCUAUACCCAGCGGACAAUCAUGUAGCAAAACGUCACGACCCAGGACAGACAGGCCUUGCCACUGCCUUGGUUUCGACGUAUGGACGGCCGGCAGUGACAUGUAAGCGCUGACGAACAGCCUUGUACGAAUCUGGAGAGGGAGCACGCGAGACGGCAGCAAGGACACGAUGAGGAAAAGGACCCUUUUCCACUUUGUUCACUCACGGCCGACCCCGUCGAUGGUCGACCGUUUGUGCGCCCAAGUGUGGAUCGACCAAGGGCGGUGUCGUGGACGAUCAAGGGAUCAUCCGCCGAAUUACCCAUAUUCGAGUCUUCUAAAUGAAUCACGUACGCCAACCCCCACGGGCAUCCCGCGUCUCGUAUCGAAGGCAUGCGACCUUGAAACCUUGUCCAAGCCAACGAGGCGUUUCGACCGUGACGAGGAGAAAGUAGGAGAUAUGCACCCGCAUGAUCGCAAGGGGAUUGGGGGCCCUGGUGUUAUUGAUUGUUGGCGGUUGCAGCGGUUGAUUGGUGCCGUUGGUGCCGUGUGGACGUGCGAGGGUGCGCAUGUGUGUGGGUGUGGAUUUCGGUACUGCGCCAGCACCAGUGCUAAGGGUCGCGGUCCAAUAAAGCGGAUAAUACCGCGCGAGGAUUAUUCCGACAAAGAGCGAGUGCAGACAUCCGAUAGCGCAGGCAUUGAAGGGUGUUUUGGAACCAAGAUUGGAUCAGGGCGAGAUGCAGCAUAGGACGCAGAGGAGGCUCGUGUUGUUGAACGACUACUGUGUGUGUAGCGUGCCCAAAGCCAUCAAUGCGGCGACAAGCGAAGUUAGAGCGGAUUCAGUCGGGUUUAGCAAAGGAUCUAGGCUCCACUUUACCAGCUUAUGCAUGCAAGUCAGAAGCAAAUGGCGUUUUUUUUGGAGGGGGGGUCGGAUAGGUGCUUGGGGGCGCUUGCAUGGACAGGAAUGCUCGGCUUGACCGCUUGCUCUUUUCGGGGCAAGACACGUGGGGGUGCACCCU